AUGGCCCCACCUGCGACAAAACGAAGAAAGCUCGAGCAUAGCGACUCAGAAGCUGAGAGCGAAGGAAGCUUUGCUGACUUUGACGAGACCGAGGGUGGAGUGGCGCGCGACGGAAGCGACGCCGAAGAUGCAGCCGACCAGAGCGAUGCCGAGAUGGAUGGUGUAGAAGAGGCCGCAGAUGACGAUGAUGAGGAUCUGAGCGAGGAUGAGGAAAAUGACUUUGAGGAAGAGGAAGACGUUCAUCCGAGCAGGAAGCAGACCACCGCCGGCAAAGCGACGAGUGCAUCCAAACCCCCCAAGAGACCUGCGCCGAGCCUCCAGGAUGGCGUAUACACGGCCGAGUCAUUUAAAUCGAACAUGUUCAAGCUCCAGUUAGAUGAGCUGUUGGAACAGGUCAAGCUGAAGUACGGCAAGAAGGAAGCCUCCGCAGAGAACGCGAUGCGAACCCUCAAAACCAUCAUCGAGCAGAUACCCAGUCGCGAUCCACUGCCGAUUACUGAAGCCGAGAAGGCGCUCAAGUCAGCCGGUGUCGCUAUUCCCUUCCCCAGUCCUCGCCCUCCGAAAGACGCGCUGUACAAGCUGCAAUACGAACGGCCUGCGAGCAUCAACGCAACCGGCAGCUACCCACUAAAGACUGCGACUCGACACGAAGAAGCAUUCUCCAUCGAUCUGGUAGUCACAAUGCCAAAGAGCCUCUUCACCGACAAGGACUACCUGAAUUACCGAUACUUUUACAAGCGCUCAUACUAUCUGGCUUGUCUGGCUGCUGGUAUCAAGGCAUCGAACGAGCACAAGUUCCAAUUGUCCUUUGACUGUCUAAAUGGAAACCAGCUGCAGCCUGUCUUGAGCGUACGACCGAGUGGACAUGGGGACGCGGACGACUUUUCGAACUCCAAAUGCCACAUCAACAUUCUGGUCGCGUUGCCGGAAAACACCUUUGCGUUAAGCAAGCUUCUGCCCAACUCGAACUGCGUGCGACCGAAGGGUAGCGACGAUGAAGUGUCCAGCAAGGCUCUCACUGCAACGCCGAUCUACAACAACACACUACAGUUGGACACAAAUGUUACAGCCUACCUCAAGCUUCUUCACGGCACCGCCUCGAGAGCUGAAGCGUUCAAGGAUGCUUGUAUACUUGGCCGAGUUUGGCUGAAGCAGCGUGGUUUUGGCAGUCAGCUGCGUAAAGGAGGUUUCGGAAACUUCGAAUGGGCUGCAAUCAUGGCUAUACUCUUACAGCCGAACGCUGGAACUGGCGCCCAGUCUGUUUCUUCCGGUUUCAGCAGCUACCAACUGUUCAAGUCGACGCUGCAAUUCUUGUCGAGAGGCGAUCUAACGAGGAAACCGUUCAUCUUUCAAGCAACCAACAUCACUAUACCAAAGGUAGAGACUGCGCCUGUCGUGUUUGAUGGCCCUCGAGGACAGAACAUCCUUUUCAAGAUGACGCCAUGGUCUUACUCGCGUUUGCGAUCUGAAGCGAAGGCCACUGUAGACAUGCUGAGCGACUCUGUGUUCGAUCACUUUGACGCAACAUUUAUCCUGAAGACGGAGUUGUUGAAGUAUCGUUACGACGCCACACUUGAGAUUCCUCUGGCGUCGCUUGGACUUGAAACCGCAGGUGAGGAGUAUGACCAGCGAAUUGUCGAGACUUGCAGAAAGAUAAACAGUACCUUGACCCGCGCUCUUGGUGAUCGCAUCACAGCUCUGUCUUUUACUAUGCCUGAAGAGGAGUCCUGGUCGAUAUCGUCGCGCCGCCCGCAAGAGAAGCAGACAAAGAGCAUACUUGUCAACUUUGCUACGGAUCCUGCCAAUGCUACCCGUACCGUCGAUCAUGGUCCCUCCGCAGAAAACAAGCAGGAAGCUGCCUCUUUCCGUAAAUUCUGGGGUGAGAAAGCUGAGUUAAGGCGCUUCAAGGACGGCAGCAUUCUUGAGAGUGUUGUUUGGUCUGUCAAAGACGCAUCAGCUUCUGUGAUGGAACAGAUUGUGCUUUACAUUCUGGGCAAGCAUGUGAGCGAGAAAGUGGCAGAGUCAGCCAAGUUCUCAAGCGAUGCGUUUGGCCGCCUAAUACCGGCUGGUCAAAUGCAGGGACAAUCUGGAACGGCGCCAUUCCUACCCAUAAUGAACGCUUUCAGUGCCAUGGAGAAGGAUAUUCGGGAUUUGGAAGAGCUACCGCUUCGACUCCGCCAUCUGAGGGCUGCGGACCCGCAAUUACGCUAUUCCUCCAUUGAUGUACCAUCUGCGGGCCACGCUCCCGCCUCCGUCGUACUGCAAUUUGAAGGUUCUGGGCGCUGGCCAGACGACCUUUGUGCCAUACAACGGACUAAGAUCGCUUUCCUGCUCAGACUAGCCGAACUUUUAUCAAAGCUCGAAGCCGGCUACGUUGCUCGCGUCGGCAUGGAGAACCCGUCGCAACCAGCUCAAAACCAAGCAUUCCUUGAUGUCACUGUGGCUGCAGGCUUCACGUUCCGGAUUCGCAUCUACCACGACCGUGAGCCUACGCUGUUCGACCGUCAAAUCAAGGACAAAUCGCUGGAUGGUCCAUCGAGAGAGUCUGCGGCUGCAUCUCUAGCACUGUACAAGCGCGAGUUCAUUCAGGCCCCUCUACAUUCGCAAGUCCUGCAAACCCUAUGUACCCGAUUCCUAGCCCUCUCUCCAGCGAUAAGGUUGACGAAGAAGUGGUUUGCGUCGCACCUUCUGGCCCCGCACUUUUCACCUGAGCUUAUCGAGCUUCUUGUCAUUCGCACAUUCCUGCAACCACACCCAUGGCCUGUACCAUCAACUGCAACCACUGGUUUCCUACGAACAUUGUCAUGGAUCAGUAGAUGGGAUUGGAGACAUGUUCCGCUAAUUGUAGACUUCUCAACAACAUUCUCCGCAAACCCCGCAGACCUAGAGGACACCACAUCGAAGGGCAUGAAGUCUGAAGAUCUCGACCGGUUACGGACGCGCUUCGAAGCAUGGCGUCGCAUUGAUCCUGCUAUGAACCGCGUUGUGCUUUUUGCUGCGACAAAUCUAGAUGAGGAGGGUACAACCUGGACAGAUAAAGCAAAGCCCGAAAAGGUCGUUGCUGCACGCUUAACGGCUUUGGCGAAGGCCGCUACACAGGCCGUUCGUGCGGACGAAGACCGUCUGCUAAAGCACAUCAACAACAGCAAAGAGGCUGCUAAGAUGCAGGACGCUCUGACCCCAGAAUCGCUCUUUACACCUGGCGUCUCCGACUUUGAUAUUGUCAUAACCAUAUCAUCCAAGUACACGCUCAAGCCAACAAAAUCUCUCAAAAAUGCCCCCAAGUUCAAGAACCUUGACCUUCAAAAGUCAUCAUCAAGUUCAUCACCGGCCGCAACCCCGCUCCCGCAGCUUUUCGGACAGGAUCUGCUAGACGUCUAUGGCGAUGCUGUGCUAUGGUUCUGGGACCCUGAGACAUUAGACAAGAUCGUCGGGUUGUGGAACCCGGUCGUUACAGCACAGAGGAGUUGGAAAAUCAAGGCUGGGUGGAACAGUGUGCCAGUUACUGCGAAGAAGGAUGCCGUCGAAAUCAGAGCGAAUAAAGAGGUCAUCGUGCAUGAGAUUAAGCGAUUAGGUGGGGAGUUGGUCAAGACUAUUGACGUGAAGAACUAG